AUGGCCGCCGUUCCGCUCCGCAUCGCCGGCACGGGCUCUCUGUUCCCCCGCCUGCUGCCCUCGACUAUGUUCUGGGCGACCCGGAUGCAGCUCUACGUGCGGCAGUUCGCCUUGCCCUUCGCCCUGCCGGCCGUCCCGGUCGCCGGCUGGCAGAUCGGCCUGCCAGGAUCUGUCAAGGAAUUGCUGCAGGACAUCUGGGAGGGCAUCCUCAAGGCUGUGCCCAAGAAGAAGACAUCGCACAUGAAGAAGCGCCACCGCCAGAUGGCCGGCAAGGCGCUGAAGGAUGUCACCUCGCUGUGCAAGUGCCCGGCUUGUGGAGAGCUCAAGAGGAUGCAUUAUCUCUGCCCACAUUGCGCGAAUAAACUUAGGGGGCUGAUGAACGAGGAGAUUAAGGCGAAGCAGAACUCUUCAUAA